AUGAAGAAAUCUACUGGCCCCACACAAUCUCGCCAAGUAGUUUUCAACAUAUCUCAAAACUUUAAAGUGCUCAAGAUUUUGGGAGAAGGUGCUUACGGUAUUGUUGCUUUGGCAGUACAUUUGCCCACUGAAACUAAAGUGGCCAUCAAGAAAAUUGAACCAUUUGAAAGGCCAUUAUUCUGUCUUCGUACUUUACGAGAAAUCAAACUAUUAACAAAAUUCAAAAACCACGAUAAUAUAGUUCGAUUAUAUGAUGUACAAAAGCCCAUGAAUUAUGAUAGCUUUAAUGAAGUUUAUCUUAUUCAGGAAUAUAUGCCUCUGGAUUUGCAUAAUAUUAUACACACUCAUCUUUUGAGUGAUCAACAUGUUCAAUAUUUUAUUUAUCAGAUUCUUAAAGGUUUGAAAAUGAUCCAUAGUGCAAGAGUGAUACACCGUGAUUUGAAACCGUCCAAUAUUUUAGUCAAUGAAAGAUGUGACUUGAAGAUUUGUGAUUUUGGAUUAGCUCGCUUAGAUACCAAGCAUUAUAAUUUUGAUGAUACAUCUAGAAUUUCAAUGCUAACUGAAUACGUCGCUACAAGAUGGUAUCGAGCUCCAGAAAUCAUGUUGAGCGCAUCCAAUUAUUCCACAGCCAUUGAUCUUUGGUCAGUGGGUUGUAUAUUAGCUGAACUUUUGACUUACAGAGCCUUGUUUCCUGGCUCUGACUACAUUAAUCAAUUGAAACUAAUCUUUGAAGUACUUGGAACACCUACUGAUGAAGACUUACAGAUUAUCAAAUCAGACCGUGCCCAAAAAUUUAUCAAAUCUUUACCAUCAAAAGUCAAAAUUAACUUGAGUGACUUUAUUAAUAAUCAUCCAUGUAGAAAUAUUAAGCAUCGUGCUCGAGACCCAGUAAAUCCACUAGCCAUAGACUUAUUGGAAAGAUUAUUGGUUUUUGAUCCCGCUAAAAGAAUCACCGUUCAAGAGGCAUUAGAACAUCCUUAUUUAAAUUCAUAUCACGAUCAACUUGAUGAACCCGUAACACUGCCAAUACCUAUAAAAGAGUUUGAAUUUGAUAUAGAUAAGAAAAAUUUGGAUACCAAUGACUUGAAAAAACAAAUUUUCGAAAUGGUAAUGUCGUAA